AUGAUGCUCAGCUGGAAGCUGCUGGGGCUCCUGGUCCUUUGCCUGUGUGCUGGAGGCAUCUCAGGCAGUGAGGACCCCUCUCCCAGACCCACAGAAGCCCAAGAAGAAGACGACUCCCCAGCAUUGCCACUGGGCCCCCCAAUCCCUGGUGACCCCUGGCCAGGAGCACCUCCUCUGUUUGAUGAGCCUCCACCUCCAGGCCCCAACCGUCCCUGGAGAGAUCUGCCUAAUGCCGGUGCCUGGCCCCCAGAGCCCCCUAGCACUGAUCCCCCUCAGCCUCCUCUGCCUGAUGACCCCUGGCCAGCAGGAACCCAGCCCCCAGAAAACCCCUGGCCACCUGCCCCUGAAAUGGACCAUGGAUCUCAGGAGGAACCAGACCUCGACCCACCCCAGGAAGAGUUCAGAUAG